AUGACCGACACGGCAGAGGUCUUCCGCCCGCGGCGAAGCGUCGAGACGCCCGCGACGUUCCGCCACAGUGAGUACUACACGCACGAGGCCACAGACCCCUCGCGCUACACCGAGUCGGGCGGCCAGCAGCGCGAGAGCUCCAUGUACGGACCGAACGGGCAGCGGCCGACCGAGAUGCGGCUCUUGGCCGUGGAACCGGACUUUGGGGCCGCGCCCGAGCGCACGCGGGACUACAAGGGCCGCAUCCAGACGUGGCCGGGACUGCUGCUCUUGCUGCUCAUUGUAGGGGGCGCGGCGGCGCUGAUUACGCUCAGUGCGAUGGACGUGAACGAGGCGGCGAACAAUAGAGCGGCAGCGUUUGAAGGCGCGUCGCGGCAGCAGCGGCGGAUCAAAGACGGACUGGCGGACGGGGACGUGCUCGUGUCGGACGACGGACAGGUGGGGAACCCGAAGAAGUACCCCGACAUGGGCUGUGAGCUGCCCGACUACCAGAGCAAAAGGGGAAAAAUCAUUGCCGUGUCCAAGAACGGCACGGAAGUGCCCGUGGGGAUCAAAGGCGUCAACUGGUUUGGCAUGGAAACGGGACUGGCCAUUCCAUUUGGGCUGUGGGAGAACACGGACAACGGCACGUCGGUCUACGAAGUGGCGGCGUUUCUCGCUCGCAAUAAGUACAACAGCGUCCGCUUGCCGCUAUGCAUUACCAAUAUCCUCGACGACGUGGCCCCGGAGAAGUCGCUGAUCAACACGAAUACGAAUCGAGCCGUCAACAUCACGUCGUACAUCACAACGAUCCAGUCGAUCGUCGAAGCACUGGGGUACCGCCACAUUUCCGUGAUGAUCAGUCUCCAUACGCUGGUGACGAAAGAAUCGGGCGGCGCCUGGUACAGUAAAGAGCUCGGCGUGACCGAAGACCAGUUCCUCGAAGCAGUGGACAUUCUGACCAAGAACCUAUGCGGGUCCAAGUACUGGAACAUCCUCGGCCUCGACCUGAAGAACGAGCCGCACGAGUGUUCCUGGGGCGGCGCUGCACCGGACUGGCAAAAGGGAGCGACGUUGAUUGGCAACCGGAUGCUGGAAGGCUGUCCGAGUUGGCUGGCGUUCGUCGAGGGCAUCGCUUCCAACGGAACGAUCACGCUGAAUGGCAAAGAGGACACUUACUUUGACUGGUGGGGCGGAGGGCUGGCCGACGCUGGUGCGAACCCCGUCACGUUCAAAGUCAAGAACAAGUUAGUGUGGGCCCCGCACUACUACAACACUGGCGUGAAUCCGACGUGGUAUUUCUACGACGGCGGCACUCAGACUGAGGAGGGUACGCGAGUGGACUAUGUCGAGCUCGACGACAAGACGCUGCGCAACAACGUGGAGAAGACGAUGGAAAAGAUGUUUGGCUACUUGCUGACGGAGGACGCGAACACGGCGAUGGUCAUGGGCGAGUUCGCUGGACUGUACAGCAAAGACGCCCACCCGAUGCUCACGACGAAGCGCACGACUGACUUUACGCUUGAGGUCAUGCUCCAAGCAGGAUAUGCAGGAGGGUACAUGUGGUCGUUGAACCCCGAGAGCGCGUACCAGUUCAAUCCGGCCGACACUCACGGUCACUUCACGGAAGGUCUGCUCGAGGACGACUGGCUCACACCGAACAAGGUGUUUGUGGAAGGCAUGGCUGUUAUGGACAAGUUCAAGGAUCACAAGAUGUUUCCGUGCUUCAAAGUAGAGGUGGCGGGUAGCUCGACGUCCGAGUGA